CGCCUUCAUUACGUCUUCCGUCAAAUUGUCAAACUCGCCUCGUGGCCCACUGUCAAGCUGUCAAGCUGUCUUGUUGUCAUAAAAAAUGAGGCGUCCUUUUGUAAAGGUAGCUCGUAGCUAAUACAUGGAAGCUGGUAGCCCUUCAGCAGUGGGAACGGGCUAUGUUUCGGCAUCCCUCCGGAACGCUACAAACGAUCGACAGCACGGUUCUUGUACGUGUUCGGAUUGCUGGAAUGUUGCUGGUAGCUGGUUGCUGGUAGCUUCAGCUGCGGGAAGGGCUGUGUUUCCUCAUCGUUCCGGUACGCCACGAAGGAUCAAAAGCACGGUUCGUGUACGUGUACGUGUGGAUUGCUGGAAGGUUGCUGGUAGCUGGUAGCUGGUAACCUUUCAGCAGCGGGAACCUUUCAGCAGCGGGUGUUUCCGCAUCCCUCCGGAACGCUACAAACGAUCGACAGUGCGGUUUUUUUUAUUGUAAAAAUAAAUAAAAGUAAAAUUGUUAGCAGCACGGCUCGUCUUCUUGUUAAAGAAGCGAAUGAGCUAGACCUCAAAGUCUUUUUAUAUAAAAAUAAAAAAAGAAAGAAAGAAAAGUCUUUUUGUUCGGAUAAAUGGGAGGCUUGUCCUCGCCCCUUUUAGGUUGCGAUUGGUGGCGCCGUGGCUUCCAUAUUUUUGGCUAACGGUUAGCGGUUUAUUUUAGCAUUACAUUCAUUAUAUACGAUAUACGCUAUAGUACGGUACCGAGCACAAUUGCGUAUGUCGAGUUUCACACGUACAGCGGAUUCCUAUGGAAAGAAUAGUUUACACUGCCGGCUUCGAGGGUUGAAAUAUAUCGGCACAAAGGUUCGCAUUAAUGUAUUAGAGUUUGUCUCUAAAAUUAAUUUAACUGUUUUAUACGAUUCUUACUGAAUUUAACACAGAGUUUUUAGAUUGAGAAUAUAUUUUUUUAAUUGAAUCAAACCGGAAGUUCGUUUUUAAUUUUACUUUCGAAUCUUCGAGCUCGAAUUGUUCAGCAAACUGCUAUACCUAAGCGGUGGUUAGACCCGGCCUUCCCAGUGCAGUUGUGCCGCAUACUGCAGGACUACUUCGCCGACAGGGAGCUUACGUACGACACGGCGGACGGGCCGGUUACCCGCCGAGUAUCGGCAGGUGUUCACAGGGGUCCAUAUUGGGCCCCACACUGUGGAACAUGGUCAUCAUGUACGACGGAGAGCUAGCCGUAGAGCUCUCUGAGGGCGCCUCCAUCGUGGGAUUCGCCGACGAUCUUGCGAUCCUGGCAGCGGGGACAACCCCAGAACACGCCGCUGCAAUAGCGAGAAGACGGAGCUGCUGAUGAUCUCCAGUAAGCGCAGCGGAUAUCGUAACAUCCCGGUUAACAUCUGCGGGGUGGAAGUGCGCUCGAAGCGGUCGAUCCGUUACUUGGGGGUCAUGCUACACGACCACCUAUCGUGGCGCCCACACGUCGAGAUGGUCGCGGACAAGGCCCUCCGUGUGGUGCGAGCAUUCCGCGGUAUCAUGCGCAACCACAGCGGCCCCCAAGUAAGUAAUCGGAAGCUGCUCGCCGCAGUGGCCGCAUCCAUUAUCCGCUACGGCGCACCCGUCUGGGCGGAAGCCACGGACUUGCAGUGGUGCAGGCGGAUAUUGGAUCGCGUGCAGCGCCCCCUGGCCCAGGGCAUCACGAGCGCCUUCCACUCCACGAGCUGCGAGGUAGCGGUAGUUUUAGCCGGAGAACUGCCCUACCACCUCUUGGCGAAGGAAGACGCCCGCUGCUACAAACGACAGCAGUCCAGCCCGGACAGUCGCCAGCGACGUGGGCGAAUACCACCAUCCGCAGCGGAGCUGGAGCGACGACGGCUCAACAGGCGACAGAGGGAGAGACAACGGCGGCUGGAGCAACGGCAAGCGGAGGUCGAGGCUCAGCCUCCCCCGUGGAAUGAGCUGCCGAGCUCUCAGCUGGCCGAAAGAAGAAGCAGUCUCACAGACGUCGAGAGAGCGGCCAUAACAUCGGCAAAUACUUCCGCACGUUGAGGAAUAUUGGAAUAUGAUUUGGAGACACCUGCUAGGAAACGGAAAACGUUAAAGGCUUACGGAACGACAUAUUUGUUUUGCGAAAAAGGAUAUCUUCCUCUGAUCAUUUGGGGAAGUACAAAAACUAAGUGAACUAAAAUACUAUAGUUAAAAUAAAGAGAAAAGCCCAAAUGGGCCGAAUUCCCGGCGGGGGGGAGUCCGUUAGUGGUAACCCCCCGCUGGUAGGAGCGGGUUUUCUUGGUAGCAGUUAGUAACACCAAUAAAGAUAACCCAAUGAAUUUAAAAAAAAAUGGAUGACGGAGUAUUGAUUGGGUAGCCGACGGGUGAAGUCACAUGGAAACACGCUCCGUAAACAUUUCGAAAAAAAGUGUGAAAAACGGCCUUGGAUCGCGUUUUACUAUAAGUUGGUGUUAUCCAGCGGAAAAACGACUUGGACUCUAGAAUUUGGACCUUUUCGACGGAAAAAACCGGCACGAAAGCAGAAAAUUACACCAGUGACGGAGCCUCAUCUAUCCGUUUGGUUGGCUAGCGUGGUGCCAUCUUUUAUCUGCAAGAGGAAGGAUAUAUUGCUGCCACCUGCGAGUUGACAGCGAAUGCUGGAAGCCCAAACCGGGGCGACCGGCCAGAUAAAAGCUAGUCAGGUAGAGGUGAUGGUUACAAAACCUUGCGAGCGACAAUGGAUCGCAGCUUGAGACCUCGGCCGCCGUCCGUCGACUGCAGUUUGGGAGCGGUCCCAAAAAAGACCGCAGUGUCAACAAAGAUCGACACAGGACGAACGUCCAUGAUUGCCAAAAUCAAUGAAGAGAAGGAGAUUCGCCUGCAUCUCAUGUUACAGGCGGAGAAGGCCGAAAAGGCCGAAUUGAUGAAAACGGUGGCAAGCCUUCAGGCCACAAUCGAGGGCCUGCAGAAGCAGCCGGCGGAUGCCCAGCAGGCCAGGCUUGCUGCCGAAAUCGAAGCAAAAAAGGAGCGGGACGCCAUGCUGGCCGAGAUCCGCGAUCUGGGGCAGCAACUGCGCCAGGAGCUCUGCUGGCAACGUGGACAACAGCAGCGGCCAAAUGCUACACAGGCGCAGCGCCGUGAACUGCUGCGGCAGGAGGACGACCUCGGCAGGACCAGCCCAUUUUCGAGCCAGCCGAGGGAAUCUCGUACAAGGCGCUAUUCGAAAAAAUUCGCCUAAACCCGCGCUUGGCCGAGGAGAACAAGGGAGUCCAUCAGGGCUACCGCACGUCCCGCGACUUCCUUCGCCUCGAGCUGAAAAAGGACGCAGACGCCGCUGUGUUGCUGCAGCGCAUCCAGGAGGAGGUGGGCGAUCUGGCCACUGGCCGGAUCAUCACAGAGAUGGCCGAGGUCCUCAUCACCAGAUUGGACAUGCUGGCCAAGAAGAAGGAUGUAGAGCGGGGAUUGAUGCGCGCACUGGAGCGUACAGCGGUGGUAGCUACCACAUCCAUGGGCGCCGAGAUGGUACGCAGCGUGCCCGUGUCCGACUACCACGGCGGGAUGCGAAUUUUUUGUUGGAAAAACGCAUCGUGGUCGGACACUCGGUGUGCUUGGUGCGCAGUGCCCCUAAGCAGCAGCGAAGCACGGUUCGCUGUUUCCGCUGUCUUGAACGUGGCCACACCACAACGGAUUGCCAGGGUGAGGACCGUUCGGGUCUCUGCUUACGCUGUGGAGCUGCCGACCAUCGCGCAGCAACGUGCACGAAGGACCCGAAGUGCAUCGUUUGUGGCGGCCCUCACCGAAUCGCCGCUUCCAUACAUCCAUAUAUGCCCCUAACGACAAUGUUGAACGUCCUGCAGUUCAACGCAAAUCACUGUGAGAACGCCCAGGACCUGGCGUUGCACGUGAUGACCACCGAGGGUCUCGACGUUCUGCUCUUGUCCGAGCCCUAUUGCGUACCGUGCAAUAACAGCAACUGGGUGACGGACGAGAGUAAUACGGUUGCCAUCGUCGUUAACGGCAACCAGCUGCCGAUACAACGUAUCAGACUCCGGCGAUCCAGUCGAUGAUCGACGACUUCUCCAGGAAGUAGCAACUGGCGACGAGGUCCAUUCCGCCGAACCAACAGCUCCUAACGGAACUUCAAGCUGCCAGGGAGAGCCUUCUGAAGGCUAUUCGUGUGAGUAAGAAAGAGGCGUUCGACUGGUUCUUGCUGACGAUCAGGGAGGACGAAACCGGAAACUUUUUCCAGCAGAACUGCGGCGAAUUGUCGACGCCUUGUUCCCGGUCCAUCCGCCGGUCGAGUGGCCUGAUCUCGGAGUUGGCAACAUGGCGCCGCUUCGAUCGAUCGGCCAGACCGGGCUGGAACAAAUAGCAGCCAGCAUGCACCCGCGGAAGGCUCUUGGGCUGGAUGGAGUGCCCAACGCCGCUCUUACGGCAGCUCUCAGGCAGCAACCGGAGCCCUUCCGCCGGGUGUUUCAGGAGUGCCUGGACAUGUCCUGCUUUCCACAGCCGUGGAAGAAGCAGCGACUGGUGCUCCUGCCAAAACCAGGCAAAUCACCGGGCGAACCGUCGUCUUUUCUUGCCUUCGGUGCCAGCGCUGUGUGCACGCGCAGCGCCCAACGAUGCAGCGGAGUCGACAGGGGAGGUUGAGGAAGAGGAGGCCAGUCCUCCAGUGCCACCAAUCCCCCCGCGUAGCCGAGGAUUGCCUCCCUCCCCGAGAACACUGGAGUCUCCGCCGGCGCAACGACAUGCAGCAGAAGUACCGCAGAAGACGUCUGGCCGGCGAACUUGGAGUGGUUCCGCAGGGUCGCCAGCGACGCGGCAGAGUACCACCUUCCGCAGAGGAACUCGAAAGGCGUCGGCUCAACAGGCGGCGUAACAGUCGAGAGAGAAGGCAACGGCGGCUGGAACAAGGCAGCACGGAGGUCGAGGCCCAGCCUCCCCCGUGGAACGAGCUGCCGAGUUCCCAGCUUGCCGAAAGAAGAUCUGGCCUUACGGAAGACGAGCGUGCGGCCAUAACAUCGGCGAACAUCUUUGCGCGCUGAGAAACACUGGAUUACGAUACAGACACCCGCUAGGAAAUGGACGAAGAUUACGACUCACGGCACGAAACAAAAUGUCAAGUGAUAAGGGAACUUUCCCCUGAUGAUUCUGGGGACAUAAGAAAAUGAACUAAAGUAUUAUCGUUAAAAUAAAUAGAAAGGCUCAAAUGGGCGGAUUUCCCAGCGGGGGGAGUCCGUUAGUGGUAACCCCCCGCUGGCAGGAGUGGGUUCUCUUGGUAGCUUAGAAGUAUAACCAAUAAAGAGAACUCUAUGAAAUUAAAAAAAAAAGCAACGGAUGGCGGCAUCGCGAUGAGCUAUGAUUGCUCGAUACAAAAACGUUAUGUUGGAGAGUGUUAGAUGAAAUAAUGCAGCCAGCUGCUCGCGUGCUCUCUCUCUCUCUCUCGUUGCCGGAACGCCUAGGAGAUCAGGUCAAGUGAGGCUCGUGAACUAGUGGAUAAGCGGCUUCGUGUCGGAUUGGGUGCCGGGGUGAAUCAAGUUCCUUUAAUCGCCUCAGCUGGCUACCACAAGCGACGUGUUGGAUUCAAAGAUUUUGUAUCUUGCUAGCCGAGAUCUCCGUUGCAUGUACUGUGGGAUGGUCGAGAUCGCUACACCAGUUUGGACGAGCUGACUUUCGCCACCGAGAUACGCGGAUCAUUCGGCAGUAGCAGUUCAUCGCGGUCGUCGAUACGUAUCCCAUCCAGCUGCGUUCAUUCGCCUGUGGACUGUAAGGUGCGCAUUUUCGUAACUAAGCAGCACUUCUCCAAUUAAGGAGAAAUAAAAAAUCAAUUUGUUUGUUAAUAUUGCACCAAAAAAAUGUGGAUCAUUCUAAGUAUUAAUCAACGAUAGAAAACAUUUGAAUCGCAAUUUAACGAAUACAAUACAAUCGUUCAUGUUUAAUUAUAAAAAAAAAACGAUCGUGCAGCUCAAACAGGAUACUCAUAUUUCACACCUGUGCAAGCUGGCGCGAACGAUAGCGUGUGGUCUAGAAGCUGUUACUGUUACUGUUACUGAAUUUAACACAGAGUUUUUAGAUUUAGAAUAUAUUUUUUUAAUUGAAUCAAACCGGAAGUUCGUUUUUAAUUUUACUUUCGAACCUUCGAGCUCGAAUUGUUCAGCAAACUGCUAUGCUUAACCGGUGGUUACACUCGG